AUAUUUAUUGAAAAAUGACGAAAGCGCUGUUCAUAUCUGGGGUUUGAUCAUACUGUUAUUAUCAAAAGCAGCUGCAGCUGGUCAAAGAUGUAUCUUCACAAAAUGCAGUGGUGACAUCUUGCCCACCCAACGGGAUUUGGCCGAAAUCACACAACUUAUUCAUAAAUCACAAAUAAUACACUGCAAAACGACAAGGGCAGGCCAAGAUGUGGAAAAUUUUAAGGAUAUGCUAGUAGGCAAUAAAAUAGCCUUAUUGUUUGGAGAUUUGUUAUUGGGUGGAUCUAUACUUGAAAUUUCCAAAUUAAGAAAUCAGGAAAUUCUGAGUUUAAUUAUGGCCGGCAUUAGAAAUAUGGCGGAUGGUGAAUUUUUUGGAAUCAGAGAUGAACAAAAUUGUCCUUUGCCAUGGAAGAAGCAAUCGCCGGAAAUAUUGAAAAGUAAUUCAAGCGCCAUCAAAACCAUUGUUGAUAACGGAGACACUGUUGCUCCGCAUAAUAUCGCUGAAGUCAAAGGUAACACAGAGAUGGAAUGGGAACUUCGAAAUAUUUUUAAUGGCGGUAGUUUAUUGGGAAAUGCCUGUAAAUCGGCUAUGAUAUUGGCUAAGCACUCUGGCGAGAUUCAAAAAUAUGCCUAUUUAUUUGGCAAACACUUUCAUCUGGCUUGGCAAUCAUCGCGGGAGCUCAAGGCGUUUCUACUACCCAUAAACGAAAAAG